UAACCUCCAAGCCGCUCGAGACAACACCAGCUGAGCCCUGUCUGGCAUAUCGCACUAUCCGCAAGUUGGCGCUCGGAAAGGGAGCCGGGAACCAGCUUAGUGACAACACUGCUUCAGAUUGUUGUCCAGAGCCACCUUCUGGUCUCACUGCUCUUGCUUCAGCCGGUUGCAGGCACGAGCGGGAAUCAGUCUAAUACAGCUUCUCCACACGACCACACAACUUGUCACAGUAGACAGUGUAUCGCGGAUACCACACGAAAACGUCUCACGAUGGCAAACAUGAUCGGCGACUGGAAACUGGUGCCCGAACUGACCACUGGCCAUGAUGAGUAUGCUAAGGCACUAGGUAUGACGGACACGGAACGCGAGGCAACUCGCAACCUGGUGUACACCUUGCAUUUGUCACGUGACGGCGAGGUGUGGCACAUGAAGGUCGAUCUUGAAGAUGGAAGCGUGUUUAUGGACGUCAAGUUCACGAUGGGAGUUCCCUUCCACUUUCUGAGUUUCGACAAGGUCACUAAAAUGACGAGUAUCAUCACACUACAGAACGAUCACUUCGUUGAGAAGCUGACGUCGGACAAAGAAGGUGUGAUCAUGCAACUGGACGUAGACACGUAUCGAGACGGGGACUUCGUCGUUACGGCACAGACCAAGGAUGGCAAGACCGAGACCCAGUGGCUAAGAAAACUCUGACCAGCAUCCCACACAAGCGACUGAUUUUAUUCUAACAAUAUGUCACUACGAAACAUGUGCACACCCAUGAUUGCCUCAGUUUGACACAGAAAGAAAACUGUCUAAUACGGACUCUAACUUUUCAAGAUGUAUACAGUCCUGAACGAAUUAUGUUAACUUAAAGAGGAGCCUAUUUAAUCCAGACACUGACUAUACCGGAUAUAUGUCACCUUGUUUAUUCACUGCAAAUUUAGAGUUUAUAAGCACAUUAUUUCAGGUAACUUAAAAAGGAACCUUAUCUAUUCCAGACUCUGACCAUUACGGAUUUAUGUCAGCUUCUUUAUUCACAUUAGUUCAACAUUGUUGCUACUAUGUUUGUUUUCUUUGUUGAUGCAUGAUGCGUGUACAAUGCAGUAUUUUGUAACAAUGUAAUAUUGAGAUUGAUUAUACUGUACCAAAUGAUAUUUGGAUAAGACGUAAACUUCUUUGGAGUUUAUUUUUAUUAUUAUUAAUAUUGAAUUUGAAGGUGGAAAAAUGUGGAUUAUCAUAUUUUAGACAAAAAAACAUUGUCGUGCUCUUUGUUCAAUGUUUUCUCAACUUUUACAGAUUUAGAUUUUUAGAUAUUUAUUCUAACAAACCGCCAUAUAGCUGGAAUAUUGCUGAGUGUGGCGUAAAACUAAACUCACUCACUAACAAAAGGUUAGCAACCAAUAUUUCAACGUGUGUAAACAAUAUAUAAGUAUUUUUUAUAAAUUAAUACAUCCAUGUUAUUUUGAUAAUUUUCCGCAUUUUUAAAAACACGAACUUUAGUUUUAUUUAGUCUGACGGACAGUUAUCAAAACAUUUCCUAAAUUUUCUGUUUCAUCUGAAUAAGACUCUAUGUCAUUGUUAUAUUUUCAGAAUACGUUUAGUUACAUAAAUAGAAGAACAAUUGAAGCAAUUUCAUAACAAUGUUGUUUCAUUUAGACAGAGCUUCUCCUGUUUAAGGACCCGUGAAAUUCCGGGUUAGAAUGAACCUUCAGUAACCCAUGCUUGUCGUAAGAGGCUACUAACGGGAUCGGGUGAUCAGGCUCGCUGGCUUCGUUGACACAUGUCAUCGGUUCCCAACUGCGCAGAUCGAUGCUCAUGCUGUUGAUCACUGGAUUGUCUGGUCCCGACUCAAUUAUUUACAGACCGUCGCCAUACAGCUGGAAUAUUGCUGAGUGCGACGUAAAGCUAAACUCACUCACUCGCUUCUCCUGUUUUAGACUCUAGACUCUGGCCACUCUGUUGAUCGGGAUGAUUAGUGGGACGAUCUCAUUUAAAUCAAAUAUUAUACUCCGAUAAAGAGAGGUACCGUGUGCAGGAAGGAACAUUUAAAAUGUGGAAAUAAACAUUGUGAAUAUUCUA